AUGAAUCCAGGAAUAACAAAAGUCCGGAAGAGCGAGUCUCCCUCGUCUAUUUUCAUAAGUUGGAACAGUCUUUCAUGCCUUGUGGAAUCCAGCUUAAGUGCUAUAAUGGUCAAAUCAUAUCAGAGUAUCGUGGGGACGCAUUUGCAGAAGCUGCGCAUUUGUUCGGCACAUUUCGAAGGAGGCGAGAAAAAGGAAGGUGAUAUUCCUGUGCCGGAUCCACAGUUGGACGCACCAAUCUCGAUUGAGCUCCCGCCAAAAGAAACAAAAAGCAGCGAUCGACGACGAGCUCUCCAGCAGCCGAGGUCAUCAGCUCGUUCCACACCCUGUUCCAACAGCUCCGCAGCAAGCACCUCCGUGAAACGAGGUCGUUCAUUGGCGGUCACCGCUGAUUAUUUGGCUAGCUGGAAAAGUCGCUCCGUUAUUGACGAUUCAAACCCUCCGUGCAGCUCACUUCGUUUUCCAUCAUCCUCCAACAAUAAUAACGCUGCUGCUACCACAACUGCUGCCGCUGCUGCUGCUGCUGCUGCCGCAUCGGCCGAAUCUUCAGCUGACCUCAGACACAAUCAUUUCGUCGCAAAUAUACUAACUAUGAGUGGUCGUAUGUCGAAUGGUGCCACGGGACGCCCACUAGUUGCACUUCUAGAUGGUCGGGAUUGUACUGUUGAAAUGCCGAUUUUAAAGGAUGUUGCAACGGUAGCAUUCUGUGAUGCACAAUCUACUCAUGAAAUUCAUGAAAAGGUGCUUAAUGAAGCGGUUGCUGCAUUAAUGUGGCAUUCAAUAACGCUUGAACGCGAGGAUUUAGAAAAAUUUAAAGCAUUGCGGGUAGUUGUACGAAUCGGAACAGGUACUGAUAAUAUUGAUGUGAAGGCAGCAACAGAUCUCGGGAUCGCUGUUUGUAACACACCCGGUGAUUGUGUUGAAGAAGUGGCUGAUACAACAGUGUCGUUAAUUUUAAAUAUGUAUAGGAAGACAUUCUGGUUGGCAAAAGCAGUUUCCGAAGGGAAAAAGGUUAGCGGUGUUGAACAAGUACGUGAAUUGGCUAGUGGUAGUACACGGAUUCGCGACGAUACUUUGGGUAUUAUUGGCCUUGGUCGUGUGGGUACGGCAGUAGCGAUGCGUGCUAAAGCAUUUGGAUUCAAAAUUUGUUUUUUUGAUCCGCAUUUACCAGAGGGAGUCGAUAGGUCUUUAGGUAUUGAGCGCUGUUACAAUCUCGACGAUAUUUUAUUCAAAUCCGAUUGUAUAACGUUGCAUUGUCCACUAACUGAUGAAACAAGGCACAUGAUCAACGAUAUGACAAUCAAACAAAUGCGACCUGGUGCGUUUAUUGUAAACACUUCGAGAGGUGGUCUUAUUCAAGAAAGUGCAUUGGGUGAAUCGCUGAAAUCGGGACACAUUAAAGCCGCAGCGCUUGAUGUUCAUGAACAUGAACCUUUUGAUCCCCUCGCUAUGGGGCCUUUAUCGGCCGUACCGAAUAUCAUCCACACUCCUCAUUGCUCCUGGUAUUCGGAUGCUUCGUGCAAGGAAUUGCGUUUAUCAGCAGCACGGGAAGUUCGACGCGCUAUCGUUGGUAGAUGUCCUCAUGAUCUCACUAACUGUGUCAACAAGGAAGCUCUUCUUGCUGGACAUACUCGAAGGCCAACAUCAUCUACAUCCUUGGCGCCGAAUGUAUCAAGUUCAUUUAAUCCUUUGAUGCCAUCAUUUGGAACGUCUAUCGCUGAUGGUUUUAAUGGUUUACCAGUUGGCGGCAAUUUGCCGUCAUUUCCUUAUUCAAAUCCAUUGUUAGCGAUGGGCAACCCAUUAUUGAAUCCACUGAUGAUGAAUCCGAGUACUGCUGCAUUAGCUAGUUUUGCAAAUGCUGCAGCGAAUUCACCACAUAGUGGUCCUGCUGCUGCACUUUCAACAUUGGCUGCUGCUUCAUCUGCAAUGACAACCAGUGCUGCACCGGUUGCCAGGCAAUCACCUGCCGUUCAGGUAGCCCAUUCACCAAAAGCAAACAAUAGCAGUCGUACUACAGUUUCACCAGCUGUAAGACCGGCGUCCUCACCUGAUGGUCCAGCUGAAGUAAAAGAUGGAACUCCACCUGCACAGCAGACUGGUUCACAGCAUCAUUUAACCUCCGCAUCAUUAUCAGCGGCAUCACCUUGUAAAAGUCCAGGUGCCUCUAAUUUACCUAAGGUGCCGACUAUAUCGGUUGAUUCCUUGGCUUCAGUGGUUCCGGAAGAAUCUGCUACCACUCCAGUCAAACUUGAUGCGGAAUAA